AUGAAGAUCACUUUUGCUUCUGCUUUGCUCCUCUUGGCAUUCACUUCAAUCUCCCACGCCGCUCCAGUCGGUGUUUCCGUUAAUGGUCUCGGUAAUAGUGCAUAUGAUCUUACCAAUAAAGUAACCGGUACUACCAAUAAAGUAACAGCUACUGGUAAUGGUGAAGAAGCUGCCGGAAGCAUUGAAGCUGGUGGCUCACAAUUCUCUAUUAAUCGUCGUUUAGUGGCUAAAGUUAACAAUGCUGUCGAUGGUGCUAAAAGUGUUGUUAGUGGAGUAACGAACCUUGGAUCAACAGAUACUGUUGAUAAAGUAAAAGAUUCUGCUAGUGGUGAAGGAGCUACCGGAAGCUUUGAAGCUGGUGGCUCACAAUUCUCUAUUAAUCGUCGUUUAGUGGCUAAAGUAAACAAUGCUGUCGGGGAAGCUAAAAGUAUUGUUAAUGGAGUAACAAACCUUGGAUCAACAGAUACUGUUGAUCAAGUAAAAGAUUCUGCUAGUGGUGAAGGAGCUACCGGAAGCAUUAAAACUGAUAGCUUAUCAUUGCCUAUUGGGCGUCGUUCGGGGGAAGUAAAAAAUGCUGUCAAUAAAGUAGCAAGCACUGUUAAAGGUACUGCUUAA